AAACAGCAUAUGGAACGCGUACUGAGCGCGGACUGAUGUAUUGUUCAUCAAAGUAUUGUAGUCUCGGACAGUUUUAAUUUGAUCGAAACUGGAAAUGUUUUUAUGAAGAAGUAAACGGGUGCCAGUGAUCUCCAGUUUCAACCUGUUGUGAUUGCAUUGUGAUUGUUUUGGCCACGGCGAAUUCUGCAAAAAUCGUUCAUCAUGACUGAGAUGACAAGAUACAAACGAACGGAUUUCGAAGAAGAAGGAAGCGAAACUGGGAGUGUGGCUUCUGUGAAUUUAAGCGUGCAAGAUGGAAUUACCUUCCAAAAUCCAGGGAGAACUUAUCAAACAUACUCUUGUCCAGUUUUUGGUCGCGGAUUCGUGACACCCUUGGAGAAAUUUCUUUGCGCCAUUGUGUUCGGCCUUUGCUCCCUGAUCAUGGUCAUGGUAGUAUUAAUGGCCCUGAAAGACCAUGGCCACCUGCGAGUGUUUCCAGAUCAGAUCGACGAUGUUGAACGGUCGGAAUUCCAUGGGGGAAUAGGCCCAGUGAAGUCCAAAGUAUGCAUGACGGAGGAAUGCGUUACAAUUUCGGCGGAAAUCCUGGCAAGGAUGAACACGUCGAUAGAUCCCUGUCAAGAUUUUUAUCAAUAUGCUUGCGGCGGUUGGCUCGAGAAAAAUCCUUUGCCUCCGGGAAAAGCCAUGUGGGGCACAUUCUUUCAAGUCCAAGAUAAAAAUCAACUCAUCCUAAAAUACGCAUUGGAUACUCCUUUGGAAGAGAUGAAAAGUGAGGCUGAGCGGAAGGCAAAGCUGUACUUUCAGUCUUGCGUUGAUGCAGACGGAAAGCGUGAAACUAUCGGAGGUGCUCCCCUGAUCGCAAUUUUGGACGAACUCGGCGGUUGGAACGUAACCAGUGAUUCCUUCAACGCGGCUGGUUGGGAUUUCCAGAAGACGAUUCGUUUAAUACAUAACAAGUACUAUCUUGGUGGUUUAUUCCGAUGGGCGGUCGGAAUCGAUGACAAAAACUCGUCAAAAUUCGUGAUAGAGCUCGAGCAAGGAGGAUUAACUCUGCCAAACCGAGAUUAUUAUCUCAACAAAUCCAUUGAAGGGGAUUCAACUCUUUCAGCGCUGCUGAGCUACAUGACGGAAGUUGGAGUUUUGUUGGGUGGAAAAAGAGAUAAUGUGAGGUAUCAGAUGAUCGAAGUCAUCAAGUUCGAGCAGCGUUUGGCAGAAAUAACCAUGCCUGAAGAUCAGAGGAGAGACAUGGAGAAGAUCUACCAGAAAAUGCCAUUACGUGUCCUGAAAAAGCAUGCGCCGUUCGUCGAUUGGGUGAAAUACUUCAAUUCCGCAUUUGGGUUGGUGAAGCAAAAUGUCGACUUAGACACACAGGUGGUGGCGUACGAUUUGGACUACCUGAAAAAACUCAACGGGAUUUUGUCUGGAAUGCUAUCAAAAGCCGAAAGGCUGGAUAAGGGAAUAGUGCUGAGCAACUACUUGAUGUGGCAGGUGGCUAGUGCCAUGACCCGAGUACUCUCGCAAGAUUUUCGCCAAGCUCGUAAAGUUCUUGCUAAGGCAUUGCUGGGUGAGACGGAAUCCGAAGAAAGGUGGCGGGAAUGUGUGGGUGAUACUGAUGGUACAAUGGGGUUCGCUACUGGAGCCAUGUUCGUUCGUCGGGCUUUUGACGAAUCCGCUCGAGAGAAGGCUGAAAAUAUGAUCGAACGAAUUCGAUACGCAUUCGAGAAGAGUCUGAAAGAACAAAACUGGAUGGACUCUCGAACGAUGCAAGCAGCAGUAGAGAAGGCUUCGGCCAUUACUUAUAUGAUCGGCUACCCGGCCUUCAUCACGGAUCCUCUCGAGCUUGACAAGAAGUACGCAGAUGUAAACAUCAGUGCUGAUGACUACUUUCAAAACAACAUCGUUCUCGGUCAACAUGCUUUGAAAGAGAAUCUCAAGCUUUUGAACAAACCUGUCAACAAAACAAUGUGGAGCAUGACGCCAGCGCAGGACAAUGCCUAUUACGCAUCUGCAAUGAAUCAGAUGGUGAUCCCGGCGGGAAUUUUGCAACCACCCUUUUAUUCUCCAGCGAUUCCCCACUUGCCUUUGAACUAUGGCGGAAUCGGAGUUGUCAUAGGUCAUGAAUUGGUUCAUGGAUUCGAUGAUCAAGGAAGAGAAUAUGACAAGAAUGGAAAUUUGCAUCAAUGGUGGGAAACUGAUGCGAUUGAAAACUUCAAAGGAAAAGCCGCGUGUUUCGAAACGCAGUACGACAAUUACGGUCUCAAUGGACGUCAGACCCUCGGUGAAAAUUUGGCCGACAAUGGCGGUUUGCACGCUGCGUACCGAGCUCUAGAGCAUUGGUUGCGGGAACAUCCUGAAGAGGAGCAUGCGGGUCAAUUGCCUGGGCUGCCUUUAUCGCCCCGGCAGCUAUUUUUCCUCGGCUUUGGCCAGGUUUGGUGUUCAACGGCAACAGCUGAAGCAGACAAGCUGACGAGGCUGAACGAUGCACAUUCAGUGUCGGAGUAUCGAGUUCGUGGCCCACUGUCCAAUUCGAAGGAGUUUGCGUCUGCCUUCCGCUGUCGCGAAGGUCACGGGAUGAAUCCGAAAGCUAAAUGUAGUAUUUGGUGAGGUCAACAAAACUCGCUUUGUUGUUCCACGUUUGUUUGUUCCCGGUGUUCAGAACCGCAUUCGGUAAGUUGUGAACGCGAUGAAAGAAAAGCGUGGAGGUGGAGUUCAGGGGGUUCAUGAGCCGUGAGUUGAACAAGAGUUCACACGAUCGCUCUCUAAGUGUGCGUCCGUUUUAUCCGUGCUUUUUUUUUCAUUUAACUGUGCAUGUUUCUUCGAGAAUUGCGCAAUCGAAUCGAAACGUUGCUAGUUCUUAUGGGAACAAUUUUUGCUAAUCGUGGCGAGUCGGCGUUUUUAGCGGAUUUGCUUAACAUAGUAUGCUAUGGAAGAGUGGCGGGAGUACUGCAUUAUUUUUUCGAGAAACAAGUUGACGAUAAUUGUUGGCUUCUUCCGCUUCAUUCCAUGUGCUGUGUAGGAAAUAUUAGUUCCGGUUUUUUUUUUAAUAUUGCGAUCGUUAUACUUAGGGUCGGUUUGCGUGGAGAUUUUAAAUGAGCAUUCUCAACAAUCGACUUAUUGGUAGCUUAGCUAGUCAUGCAUAUUGCUUUAGUUUUUAAUUUACGAAGGGUGUCCAAGCUGCAUUAAAGUCUUCUGAAAGACUUUUCAACUUCGUCCUAUUCCAUAAUUAACCGCCAUUGUUUGGUUAGAUGUCACUGUCGUUGACGAUUUAAUAUAUUUUACAGUUAGUCAUCCCGAAGUCCAUUAGUUUCUGGUGUUCUUGGUUUUGGUUUUCAUGAGCGUUGUGACGGUUGGAAAUUUCAAGUGAUUGGCUUCCAGGUUAUAUGCUUUCAAAAUGGUGACACUUGUUUUUCUGCAUUAGGAAAUUCUUUUCAAGCCUUUCCGAAUUGCUCGCCGUGAAGUUCACUGCGUUUCUGCCUUUGUUUCAUCCAGAAUCUGAAAAGAUCCUGUCUUUUUUCUCAAGUAAAAUCCUUUUGGACGACCCAUAUUUACAGAUCGAUCUCCUGGGUCUAAAGUUGGUCUUGUUCCUAACUUGAAGAAAUGCUGUUUAGCAUAAUCGAGAUUCUUGCCGUAAUUCUAGUGAUCUGUGUAUGCAUGUAGAAUGCGCUUUAUUGCCUUCAAAUACGAUGGUCUCGUUGAAACGUGUGGCAAAAAAUAAUUAUACCGGUAUUCCAAGAUACCAUAUAUUUACGUUUAUUCGCGUCAUCAAGAAGAAAGUACGCCGAGUGAACGCGAAUAACUAGAUAAGACAAGAGGGAAUGUGUAACUAGUGUAUUGAAAAAUAUUGAACUCUUUCCGUAACUUUUGUGUUCCAGGGUAUUCAGAAUUUAUCGUCUAGAACGCCAUUGCUGUGUGAUACGUGUUUUUUUGUGUAUUUUUCGGCUGCUUUGAAAAAGAUAUCGGGGGGAAUGACGCGUGGAGAUUGAUGCAGAGUUUUUUUAAAGAUGUUUUGUUUUAGGAUUGCAAGAUAUUAAACUCGGUGGUAAUUUCAGCAGCUUUCAGCGAAAAAUUGUUGGUUUUUGGUCGUCAAUAGCGUAUUACCGAUUUUGUUGCUUGUGUGAGUGAUGAAUGUUGAUUGAGUCUUCCUGGUAAACUCGUGUUGCAUUUUUUUUUCUUCGUGUUUAUGAAGGCUAACCGGCGAAAUCAGUCCUGGCGGAAUCGAAACUCCGAGAUAUUUAUAGCCUUUUAAAAAUUUGAAAGGAGGGCAUGCAGGGUUGAUGGUAAAUAAGGCAUUUGGCGCAGAUCUAGUCGUUUUGCGGCGUGAAAGUACUUGAGAAACAGAAAAGAUGAAAGGAGUUGUCUUAAA